UAUUUUUUUAUUAUUGUACGAUAUUUUAGUAGUGUAUUAAUAGGAAUUCCAACAUAUAUAAAAGUAUUGAAAGUUAUUGAUGCCGAUAGUCGGACACGAUGAGUAAUGUUGGAUAUCAUCUGGCUAAAAUGCACUUAUCAGAUAUGCUAUCAAGAUCAAAAGCGUGGCUAUAGCACGUGUAUAUUUUCUGAUAUGACUGAAUGAGUAGUCGCUGAAUGAUAUCUGAGUGUGAAGUUAAUUACGAAUAUUAUGAUGUUGAAUUAUUAUAACAUUCUCGCAUUAUUGCUUUUAAUUGUAUGCAACAGAUGUUUGUGUGAUCUAUGCAAAACUUGCGUGUGUUCUGUUUCAAAUGCGGGACCGAUCAUCGACUGUCAUGAUAGACAUUUAGGAACAAAUCAAGUCCUUGAGUUCGAUCUUAUUACUCUGGAUCAGCAUCGAUCAUUAAACAAGCUUAUUCUUGCAAAAAAUCAUAUAGCACUCUUACCUAUAAACGAGCUGAAAAACUUAAAACACUUAAAAAAUUUAGACUUGUCCCAGAAUCAACUGGAUAACAUACAUUUGGAUAUUUUCAAACAUAUCAAUGCUCUCGAAGAUUUAAAUUAUUCUCACAAUUUACUGUCGGAUUUCGAUUUUUCCAUUCUAAACACAGCUUCUUCGCUCUCCAGACUUAAUCUAAGUCACAAUCAGAUUAGUAAUCUAAAAAAAAGUUCAGAAAAUACAACAACAAAGUUAACAGUUCUCGAUGUGUCUCAUAACAACCUUUCUAAUUUGAACUUCUUCGACGUUUUGACGGAGCUAAUAAACUUGGAUCUCUCUUUUAAUAAACUUACUAUUCUCCCAGCUGAUUCACUGCUCUAUCUGCAGCAUUUGAAGAUCCUUCGUAUCAACAACAAUCGUCUUCUCUCGCUGGAUCUCCAAAAUCUUCCAUUAUCACUGUCAGAACUUUACGCAGAAAGUAAUCUUAUUAACGCGUUGUCACUUCAAAAAUCAUCAAUUUGUAUCUUAAACAUUCAAGAGAAUCACAUUUCUAACGUACAUAAAAAUUUAACAUUACUGAACAAAUUAAAAAGUUUAAAUAUUAGCGGGAAUUUCUUAUCAGACUUCCCGGACGUUUCUCUGAAAAAUAUAGAAAUGCUAGAUUUAUCUUUUAAUAAUUUAACGAUAAUUCCCGAAACUGUUUCUCUUAAAAACUUUCCAAAUUUGAAAAUUUUUCACAUUAGUGGAAAUCAUUUAAAAGAUAUAAAAAUCCGAUCUGAGUUAAAAUUGGAAAGGUUUGAAGUAAAUUUUGUGGAGACAAUUGAAGAGAUUGACGAACAAACAUUUUUACUAUUGAGGGAGAGGACAAAUGGUUGUAUUAAUGUGACUGUUUCAAGAAAUACAAAGUUGAGUACGAUUGAAGAAAAUGUUUUUCAACAUAUGAAUAUUUGUUCUCUAGAUUUGAGCUAUAAUCGCUUUACUCACUUGCCAUCAAAGCUAUUUAAAAAUUUUAACAAUGAAAAUAUUUCAAAUACAAAAUAUCUUAUUAAUUUGCAAGGAAAUCCAUUUAUUUGCAACUGUUCGUUGCAGUGGAUGUUAAAUGAAUUAAUCCCAAUACUUUACACUACGAAGCCCAGUCUUUUAGAUGAUCUUAGGUGUGCCGGUCCACCUCAGUUAAUCAAUAAAAGAAUGAUCCAUUGGUACAACUGGAAGGGAGAAGUUUUCUGCGACGAUUUUUCGCAUUUGAUGGAGAAAAUGACUGUUGAAAAUAUUGCGAGUGUCUCUAACAAACAAGUAGUAACAUUUGAAACAAGUCUCGGAAUGAUCGUUGUUCUGGCCACAGCGACCGCCGUGCUCGCAAUACUAACGAUAAUUGGCAUUUUUUUGACCCGAAGAAUAAUCGUGAAGAGGAGACGAAUCAAUCGCAGAUUUUAACGCUAUGAUUAAAAUUUAAUCACUUAAUUAAAAUUUAUAAUUUUUUAAAUAUAAAAUGUGUAUUAAUUUUCCCAGGUACAUGAGCUGGGUCUACUUAUAAUUAAGUAGGAUAUAAUAACUAGCAAAUGGAAAUAUUUAUUAUACUUAUAUAAUUAGAUGCAUAAAAUGCUGAUAUCAUUAGGUGAUUGUUUUUUUAUUUGUCAAUAUUUGUUAUGUAAUUACUAACAACAACAAUUUUAAUUACAUAAUCUGAGAUUUGCAUUUAUGAUCAAAUGAGCACUUUUAAUGCAUUUCAAUAUAUUUCACAGAAAUGUUAUUAUAUUUUAUGUCAUUAAAUUAUUAAAUGUCAUUAUAUUUAAUAUA